CCCUCCUCCUCCUCCUUCCUCUUCCUCCCUCCAUGCCCCCCCCCCAGCAUUCCCGGGAGGCCAGACUGGUCCCUCUGCAGACCCCGCCUUCCUGGGUCACCGCGUCCACUUCCCGUCCGAGAAGAGGCGCCUCCCCCUCGGUGGGCCCGUGACUGUGCCCUGGGCCCUGCCCACGCUGGGUGUCGCCCCGCGCGGGGGGAAGCAGUUUUGAGGACGAAGCAGGUGCGCUCCACCGGGGAGAGGGGCGGCUCUGCGGGGCUGCCGUGCGCGCGCCUUUGUAUCAGCAAAUACGGUCUCUGGCACGUGCCAGCCCGACAUAGGUCCCUGCCAUGGCUAAUGAGGCCAACCCCUGCCCGUGCGACAUUGGCCACAGGAUGGAGUAUGGGGGCCAGGGGCAUGAGGUCCAGAUCGAGCACAUCAAGGCGUACGUCACCAAGCCCUCCAUCAACACUGGCAGAGCCGUGGUUGUCAUCCAGGACAUUUUCGGCUGGCAGCUACCAAACACCAGAUACAUGGCUGACAUGAUUGCUGCAAACGGGUACACCACCAUCCUCCCAGACUUCUUUGUCGGGCAAGAGCCCUGGCAUCCCUCCAGUGACUGGUCCACCUUCCCGGAGUGGAUAAAGACAAGAAACGCCCAGAAGGUUGACAAAGAGGUGGACGUGGUCCUCAAGUACCUGAAGCUGCAGUGUGGUGCCCAGAAAUUUGGCGUUGUGGGCUUCUGCUGGGGCGGCGUGGCUGUCCACCACUUGAUGGCAACGCGCGCAGAAUUCAGGGCUGGGGUGUCGAUCUAUGGCAUCGUCAAGGACUCUCAGGACGUGUACAAUUUGAAGAACCCGACGUUGUUCAUUUUUGCUGAAAAUGAUGCGGUGAUUUCUCUUGAGCAAGUCUCUUUGCUGACCCAGAAGUUGAAAGACCACUGCAAGGUUGAAUAUCAAAUUAAAACAUUUUCCGGGCAAACUCACGGGUUCGUGCAUCGAAAGAGAGAAGACUUCACCCCUGCAGACAAGCCCUACAUCGAAGAGGCCAGAAGGAACCUGGUUGAGUGGCUGAACAAGUACAUUUAGCCGUGACAAAGCGCCAGUUUUCUCAAGAUCGAUUUACCCAAGGAUGGUUUUAUAUUCACUUUAUAUAAAAUAUUUCAAGAAAUUCUAAAAUUACUGAAUCUGAAACCUAAAUUCAGUAGGUUAAUGUAUGGAAUCAUUUAACUUUAUUUUAAACAUGUACAUACAAUAAAAAAUUAAUGCAA